AUGGCAGGUUUUUUGUCGGUGCUCAAGCAAUCGACGCUUGUACACCUUUGCUUUGCUAUUUCGUUUUUCACCUCCGGUUUAAUCAUCAACACCGUACAAUGCGUGCUGUACCUUGGAUUGAAACCAUUCAAUAAGCAUCUUUACCGAACGAUCGGAUACUAUCUCUGUUAUUCGUUUUACUCUCAGCUCGUCUUUCUGGCCGAUUGGUGGUCGGACACGAAGCUGAACAUUUACAUUAGCGAUGAGGAUAUGAAGUACUGUGGUACGGAGCAUGUGUUGCUACUGAUGAACCACACGUACGAGAUCGAUUGGCUGCUCGGGUGGAUGCUGUGCGAGAAGGUGCGCGUGCUGGGUAACUGUAAGGCGUACGCCAAGAAAGUCAUCCAGUACAUCCCGACCAUCGGGUGGGCGUGGAAGUUUGCAGAGUUUGUAUUUCUCGAACGUUCGUUCGAGAAGGAUCGUGAAACCAUCGGUCAGCAGAUUAACGAAAUCUUGGACUACCCCGAUCCGGUGUGGCUGCUUUUGAACGCUGAAGGUACACGGUUCACCGAGCAGAAACACGAAGCGUCGGUAAAAUUCGCCCAGGAAAAGGGUAUGGUUCCGCUGAAGCAUCAUUUAAUUCCACGCACUAAAGGUUUUACGGCUAGUUUGCCCUACUUGCGCAAAAAAUGCCCCGCUGUGUUGGACAUUCAGUUGGCUAUCAGCAAGGAUUCGAAGGUAAAACCAACCAUUUUCAACAUUUUGAACGGUAAACAAAUCGAGGCGCACUUGUGCGUACGACGUUUUCCCACCGCCACGCUGCCAGAGCGCGAAGAAGAUGCUGCGGUUUGGUUGCAGGAUCUGUUUUGCGAUAAGGAUCGCAUGCAGGAUAGUUUCCACCGUAGUGGUAAUUUCUUUACCCAUUCUGGUAUUGCCGAGCGUCCAAAGUUACAGCUGCACCGCCGACCAACGACACUUGUCAAUACCGCCUUCUGGGUUGUGGCCACACUCACACCAAUGCUGUACUAUCUGAUGAAACUGCUGUUCAGUGGCGAGAUUCUUUACUUUUCCAUCGGUGCUGGAAUUAUCUUUGCCUUCUACAUGCUGAUGGUGAAAGCGAUCGGUAUGUCAAAGAUAAGCAAAGCAUCAUCGUACGGUGCGGAAAAGCUGAAGAAUGGUCAGAGUGCCAGCCACGAACCAUCGGCCCCAUCGGUAGAAUCAUCGAAGAAUAAGUAA